AUGGGACUUGAAAACACUCCCCUCUUUGUCUUCUUUCGAGGAGUUAUAUUACUCUGCGCAGUUUUCCACGCAGGAGUAGAAUCGUCUGCCCUUUCUCGAUCAACAUAUUUAACAACGUUGACAAAUAAGCGGCUUAAAGGUUUUGUCGUGAAACGGUUUAAGUCGACCAGUCAAAUUUGGUGCAGUCAGUCUUGUUUGAAAAACGCCUGGUGUACUUCGACAAACUUCAAACUUACUCCUCAAACUUCCAAGUCUGAUGGCAAAGGAACUUGUGAACUAAACAAGCACGACGUUAUCAAAGAAAACGCACAUUUACAGUUCGAGGCGGAAGUCAUUUUCUCAACACUUAUUAAGGUAAAUAAUUGCAAUGUUUUGAUCGUUUUCAAUGUAUUCAGUGAUACCAAGUUUAAUCAUCCGCAGGUUAGUCACCAAUUCGUUUAUUUUUAAAAGUCUUGUAAUUAAGCAAGUUUUCAUUUUUACAGUUUAACUCUUCCCUUACUUCAGGAAAAUAAACCCUUAAUUAGGCAGAGGUCUUCAGUGCGAUCUUUUUUUUCGGAGAGCUCCGGAAUUCAAUAAAAAUUAUGAAUAAAAAAAACCUAAAAUCCAAAGAUGAUUGAAAACUGAAUUUUUACGCCGAGCUGUAGUACCAGACACACAACCUGCAUAACGACCAAAGAGAACUAGUAAGAAUAACCGUUAUUUCUAUACCCAUAAUUUUCAACCCUUUGUUUUAGUUGUUCGUUAACCCCCUUUCCUGUGAAAAGAUCCACCUACCUCAUGCAGUUCGUGAGCCGCAAAAACAAGCUGGUUGCACCAAACAAAUAUUUUGUUUCCCCGCCGACAUUUGAGACCUUUGGUGAUAGCAUUCAUCGAUUACCGGUUUAGCAUGAAAGUUAGAAGUUCUUUUUCAUGAAAACGGAAAAAUACUUCUCCUUUAACUAACUAAGGACAAUAAUAACAAGAAGAGGUGAAGAAAAAUAUUCUAUCGGGCGUUUGGUAAUAGGUAAAAUCAACUGCAAAUGUUAUGCACCUUAAAGAAACCAUUCACUAAUUAUGCAAAUUUUUGUAAAGAACAAAAAACUAGAACUGAUGCUUGCCAGCAGAAGCAAGUUUUGGAAAUGGCACAUACACUUUCUUUUAUUCCCUUUUAAAUGAAAUCCUUUUCCAGCAAAUGUAGGAAUUUAGAAACACCAUGUUUUGAUCGAGAUAUUUGAAAUUAUAUUCCUUCCCCAAACGGCUGGUGGGCUCUUGUUUGUUUCUCAUUUGCAUCACAAAAAAAGUGCAAUAACUCCACCGUAAGUAAAAGCUUGGGGUUGCAGCGAAUCGCAUGUUACUGUGUUUGAAUAUGUAGUAGUUUUUAACUGAAGUUUAUAGAAGCUAGACCAUUAAUAAAAUAACAUGCCAUAACUUCGUUUGGCAGAAGUCAAUACAUGUACUUGUAGAUGUUGACUAAAUGCGUAGUUAAAAGCAAAACUUUUAGGCAGCCAGUGUUUUUUUUUCGUUGUUUUUGCCUAUAAACGCAUUAGCACCUUGUAAAUCAUAUUUCAGAAGUUUGUUGAAGAAUUGGCAAGGACAGAUAAAUUGUUUCGUUAAAUUUGGCGAUAGGGUAGGCUUGAUACCCACCCGGUUGUUGGAGCUGGAUCUAGGAGAUAACAAAAAAACCGUAGUUGAGAGCGUGACUAUUUUCCAGCCAAUUGUUUUUAAUCCGUCAGUAGGAAAGUGAAAUAAUUUUGAAGCAUAUUUAUGUUUAUUUAUAUUCUUCUCAUUAUUCCAUCGGCUACUCUUUCUAUUUAGGAUUGCCGACUAGCAGCCAGCACCUGUUUAAAUGGUGGUGUGUGUUUUUAUGACGAGAAAAAGCAAACUUAUUCAUGCGAAUGCAAGCCCCCUUGGACCGGAGAAACUUGUGCUGAUCUGUGUAAGAAACAAAUUUGUAAAGUAGAAAGAAGUUGUAAUGUGCUGCCUGUCGAGAAAAGCUUGAGAGCAGUUUUCCUGUUACGUUUAUGUGCGACAAUUGAAAAAAUGUAGCGAGACGGUUUCUGCAAACAAGCAAACAAACUUCGUUCGAACGCUAUUUUGAUGAGAUCUUUUCCUUAAAAGUUUUCGCAUUGUUUUUCUUUUGUAACGCUCAUGCUUUAAGAGAUUUACUUCGAUUCAAAAGCGUUAUUAGCUAGACCACCUUAAUCAUAUAUGGUUUGAAGAUCGGUAGGUUAGUCGCCAUAUGAUGUAGCUUCUUUUUACUGACAACAACUCUUUUGAAAUGUUGUCUUGUAAUCGCAAAAAGUUACCUGUGACAGCCAUCCCUGCAAAAACAAUGGAACUUGCACAGACGAAGUCAACGAAUAUAACUGCAGCUGUGCACCAGGAUUUUACGGGACACAGUGUGAAAAGAUUGAAGGCCUGUCUUGCUCAUCAGGUUUGUAGAGACGUGUAUCGUAUUUUGAUGACAUAUUCUGAGAGCGCAAGCUUCCUUCUACAAAGAGAAGUUCUCGUGGAGAUGUGGAUGACAAUUCAACAUUUUAGAAAGUUCUAGAUGGAACAUUAAUUAAGGUUCUUGAAGACAGAAUACGCCGAUGUUCUUUUUUUGAUAACGAUUUCUCAUAAAAAUUUUCGUUAACUAAUAAUCAUCAGCAACAGGAAGCUGUAAACGGUAUCUGAACAACUGCGCUCCUACCCCUCCCCUAACCCAACAAUCGUCAAUUGAUAACAAGUUAAGGUUAAUGUUGGGUUAGGGGAGGGGUAAGUGUGCAGUUGCUCGCAUACUUAUAUUGAUCCAAUCUAUCGCUUUUUAACUCUUCACACCAUAACAUCAGUAUGCAUAUUCUCCAUACUGUUCUCUAUACAUUUCCUAAGGUGCUGACUGACGAGGAGAGUUUGUUUACCGAUCAAAAGCUUCUUUUGUUGGUGAUCAUUUCCUUUAUUCUCAUGACCGUAAUGUUUGAUUCAGCGCUGAUGUUGUAUGGAGAAAUUAGGUGCUAGUCACUCUUAGGGGUUUGAAGAGUUCAAGAAGUAGAAAGUAACUAUUGGAUUUUAAAUUGUGUGAAAAGUUUAUACCUCAAGGUUUUUUUGGCUUUAGAAGUCAGAAUAACUUCAAACGAGCUCACCUAUUUAAGCGAACACCACAAGCUACCUUUGACAUCUCAGAGCGCUCAAGAUACUUUUUCUUGUAUCUUUCUUUCUGGCGUGCGUGGUAGCCAUGCGGAAGCCAAAGCAAGAUUUUUCAAAAAACAAAGACAAUCUUUACUCUGGGUAUCUGUUGCAAUAACCGUUAGAAUUACUUUUGUAUGUCCCCUCCCGGCUGAAUAAUCCUCUCAUUCCGAAUUCUUUGGCCUAUUUAUUACGUAAAGAGUUGUUCUUUUCAGACAGAACCCUUUGCACUUAGUGUUUAUCAGUUACGUACGUGAUCCGGUAACGGACAUGAGAUAUAAAGUAAUUUCUGAAACAAGAUUAAUCCGGAAAUUUCGAAGUGAGAUUCAUCCAAUUUAAGAGUUGCUUUGCCAUUUCAGUGAAGCUGGAGGUAAGAAAAUUGUGUUUUGUUGUUUCCUACAGCUUACCGAAUGGUCUUUGGACAGCCUAGCACAAAGAGCUACGCCAGCAUAACAAACGCCAUCUCGUCUAUUCUCUCGGAAUUUACUAUGUGCCUUUUUGUCAAAAUGAAGGACACAAAUUUGACUGGUGAACAGUGCCUCUACAGUUAUGCGACUACUGGAGCACGUACUGGGAAUGCCUUCUACGUUUGUCUGUUUAACCCAGGAAUUAGGAUCACUAUAGACACCUGGGGAAAAGAGUAAGUGAUAUGACAAACACGAUAGAUAAAGUCUGUACUCGAGUCAAGUGGGCCAUCCAGCCAAACCGUAUCCCGGUUUUCUUAAAAUAAAGCGACUCGUAGGAGUAUUAAUACUUCCCCCUGGAUUGGAUGCUAAUGCAAUUUCAGCAUUUCAUUCGGUUUCCCCGACAAUGUGCCGUAAUACUCCUGGGUGGAGUGAAGCACUGUAAGAAUAACGUCUGUCGCCCAAGAACACAACACAAUAACACAAUAGAAUAGGAUGGAAGAGAAGUAAAAAUAUACCGGAAUGAAUGGUGAAUUACGCGAGAUAAAGGGGCGCGAAGAUGAAUUUUUUUAGGGUCCUUGGCUCAGCUUCAAAAAAAUGAUAUGCCUGUUUCCGCAAUGGGCUAAAGUGCUCCCAGCGGAGUAUUAUCGAGGCUUCUGAUUGUAUUUGGCGUUGUUAACAGUCACGUUCUCUUGUUUUUGCUCCCAAGCGACUUUAAAUAAAUAAUUAAAUGUGUCUAGUGAUUAAAACAUUGUUAGUGACAAAAUUAAAAGCUAUGGCGUGUUGGAGAUCGAAUGAAAUAAAUAGCAAUGGAAUUUAAAAAAGUUAAGUGACAUUAAAAUAACUUAAUUUAUCUCCCAUUCCAGCAGCUCACACGACAUUGUUAACAUGCAUUCCUAUUCUAUAUGUAGCACUAUAUGCAUAUAUAUACAUAUAUAUAUAUCUUGAUGCCACAAUUGGACCGCAGUCAGUCAAGAAACGAGAGUUUCUAACAUAGUUUUAAUUGUUAAUGUUCAUUUUCUUAGUGAAACAGACACCAGAAACAAAAUUAUUGAUACCAUGUGGCAUCACAUUUGUGUUACCUGGAAAAACACCGAAGGCUACUGGCAGUUUUAUAUGGAUGGACAACUUCAAAGCAAUGGAACAGACCUGAAGAAAAAUCAUCAGAUACCAGCCGGCGGAACAGUUGUCAUUGGACAAGAUCAAGAUAGCGUCGGAGGGGGCUUUGAUAGCGCACAGAGCUUUGGUCCGGGUGAGGUAACAGAAGUCAAUCUUUGGAGCAGAGUCCUUUCAGGGGAUGAAAUUGCAACUCAGAAGGCAAACUGUGACAUCGCACAAGCAGGCCUUGUUCUCUGGUGGGGACAAUUUAAAGGAACCUUUACUGGUGUGAAAAUAGUCGAGCCUUAAAAGUGAUAGGAUUUUCAACACCAGCAUCUUGUUUACGACGAACUGUUUAUCAUAGAAAGAGAUCCCGGCUUCCUCGAACAAGGAACACCUUAACACUGAUCAAUAUCUACAUACAUGUUAAAUAGCUUUGACCACUCGUAUUGUGGAGUCCAACAAUUGUUAUUACACAGAUGACAUCUCUUUUAGCCAGUUCAGUAGAGUGUUUGAUAGAUAGCACCCUUCAAUUUAUGAUUUGAUAGCCUUGAAAGUUGCUCUUUAGUCGCUCGUUACUAUUGAUGAAACGCCAAAGUUCAGGGCUGAAGUAGCGAGUAUCAUUCAGUUAUUAGUCACAAAAACGUUUAAGCUAAGUUUGCACGGAUAUCAUGAUCUUAAUCACCGAAAUAAGAUCUCUGAACCACAAGACACAAGUUGUGUCCCUUUCUCAUUGAUUUCGUUGCAGGAGGCAAUCGAAGGCGGCGAAACAUUUCUGCCUUAGGUGAAAUCUUGGAUAGUUGCAUGCCCCCCUCCAGAGUUAUAUUG